ACCUCCCACAAAAUUAAGCGGUUCCAACUUCCAUGCUCCUCUGCCAUGGACGCCGUCGUGAUUGGAGCACUGGAAGAAAUUUGCUUGGAAGGAAUUAAGGGACUAUUUUACUCCCAACGAAUUGAGGGACUAACUCUCCAUGAUCUUUGGCCCAAAAUUCACUCUUAUCUCUCCUCUAAUCAUCUCCCCCUCUGCAAGAAUGUGAAGAAGGUUCUCUGGUCCAACCUUCUGAGUAUCCCAAGUCUACAUUUUGAAUGCAAUGACGGAGACCCUAAGAUUCAGUCCUUUGAAGACUCCGAGAGGAUGGAAUUGAAGAUUCUCCCGGCGGAGCAUCUCCUCAAAAGCUUCGUCGGAGUUUACGAUCAUGAAGACGUCCCUCAGCAAUAUCGUCGCGUCCUUAACCGCAUUGCCAUUGCUAGAACAGAUGGAGUAACCCAAAAUGAUCUUGCUAAGGAACUUGGCAUUGAAAACAAAAGCAUAUUCUAUACAGUAAAGAAACUUGAAUCCCGGGGCUUGAUUGUGAGGCAAUCAACACUAAUAAGGAACAAAGAAUUUGGGCAUGAAGGGGAGUACAAAAAUGGUUCAACCGUGAACACGAAUAUGCUCUAUUUAUACCGAUAUGCAAAACAUUUGGGUAGUUUACAAAGACUCGAAAUUACCAAAGAGGAUAAAGCAUUCAUAGACGGAGAUCCUGAAGAAGGCGUAAAAGAGGAUGUGCACAUAAAAGACUAUGAACCUGCUUUAAAAGCUAUUUGUGAUAAGCUAGAAAAAGCAAAUGACAAGGUUCUCGUCGUUUCGGAUAUCAAGAAAGAAUUAGGUUAUUGCAAAACCUCUGGACAUAGAGCUUGGAGAAAUAUCUUGCACAAGCUGAAAGAUGCUGGUCUAGUUGAGGAGUUUUAUGCUACAGUCCACAAUAAGAAAGUUAUCUGCUUACGGCUGCUAAACAAAUUUUCCCCUAAAUCAUAUGCACCUUCCAUAAGUUGUGGAGGUGGACAUAAUGAUCUUGCUACAGAACAACAGGUUAAACCGGCAAAAAGAGGCCAAAUUACUGAACAACUUAUGGAGCUUCCUAUUGAGCGACAAAUUUAUGAUAUGAUUGAUGCCGAAGGUUCAAAAGGGUUGACUCUUAACGAGCAGGCAUGUAAGAGGCUUGGCAUAAACAGUAAAGAGUACGAUAAGCGCAAUCGUGCUAUGGUGUCUAAAUAUGGGAUGCAUCUAGAAUCAGAAAGGCUUAAUAGAGGUCAAGUGAACCGAGCUUGGACUUCUCGGAACCUUAAAAUCGAAGUUUCUAAUACCCUUCGUGGUAAAUUAGAAGAUACCGUUGAUAAGAAAUAUUCAAAUCAUGCCAAAGUUGGACAACUUCAGCUAGCUCACACCAACCUUGAUUCAGAUCAUCUGACCUCCAAAGUUGAUGGUAAAGGAGAGAAGUUUGAUCCAGUUAAGUCCUUGGCUAUUGGUCGUAGUGACACGCCGCUUGAUUCCAGAAGUUUAUAUAUUCGGCAAUGUGAUGGAAAUGGUAUAAGUUCUGAUGCGGAACUUCAAAUGGCAAACGUAAAACCUGCAGAAAAAGUUGUUUCUUUGGAAACAUCUUCAUCUGCUAAACCAGCACCCCAAAGUCGCCGCUUGUAUAUAGGCUAUCCACGUCUUGGUCUGAAUUCAUCUAACUUGCAGAGGGAGCAACGGAUAAUUGAAAUACUACAGGAAAAGAAGGUCCUUAUAAAAUCCGAGCUACCUAGGCUGCUCGAGAGUCUCGAGAAUCUUGAGAAGAAGCAUACUAUGAUGGACAAGAAGACCUUAGAUCGUAGUUUAAAUAAGCUUCAAAACGAAGGAAAAUGCAAAUGCAUAUCUGUUUCCGUCCCUUCUGUCACUAAUUGUCUCCGCACGUGUACAAUUGUUGUGGUUCUGCAUCCGUCUGUAUACAAUGCAGAAGACUUAUUGGAUCGGGCUCAAGAGAGACUCAGGUCUUUCCAAAGGCAAAUACGUACCCAAGUUUUUUCUCGACACAGAAGUGGUAUAUCAGUCCCUGUUUUAAAUGACGUGGAGAGGAUUGGUAUGACGAAAGAUCAAUCUGCGAUCCGUGAAGCAAAUCGAAACAAUGGUUUUAUACUGGGCAAAAUGGUUCGUGCAAAGCUGCUUCAUGUCUUUCUGUGGGGUUAUAUCACGAGGUUACCUGGUUGGGACAAUGCUAUAUCGGGAAGACAUGGAUAUGAACCGAAGAACCCACGUAGUGCAUGCAAAUUGUUUGAACUAGAUGCAGCCUAUAAGGCCAUGCCGCUCGAGUUGUUCUUGCAGGUUGUCGGGUUCUCCCCCAAAUCCGAGUGUAUAAUUGAGAAUUGCAGGAAUGAUUUAUGCCUUUCCGAGCUUCCCAUACAGAAGUAUAGGUGUCUCAUGGACACUCGAGCAACUGCACAUCUCUCAGCUCUUAUUGACAUCCUGAAACGUUUGAAGUUGAUACGGUUGAUUGAUGGAGAACUUCUUGGCGUUCGUAUGGGUCCACAUGUUAUUCUUAGACAUUCACUAGAACUUAAACCGUACAUUGAGGAACCUGCGCGGAUGGUUUUGCCAUCUACAAAUGUCGAUUCUUUUGAUCUUCGCUUUCAUUUCAGGCAUGAUUUUGUUCUUGAAAGCAGAAAAGUUGUUGACGAAUACUGGAACACCUUGGAGUAUUGUUAUGCUGCUUCUGAUCGAAAAGCUGCUUUGCAUGCAUUCCCUGGAUCUGCUGUGAAGGAGGUGUUCUUUUCCCGAUCAUGGGAGUCCGUCCGAGUUAUGACAGCUGAUCAGCAGGCUAAGCUAUUUAAACUUGUAGCAAAUGAAGACACAGACAAAAAGAUAUCCUACAAAAAGUGUAAGGAGAUAGCAGAGAAUCUUAAUUUGACCUUGGAACAGGUGCUCCGUUAUGAUAUGCGACAAAAGCAUAAAUCGAAGGGAGCUGAAAGUGCCAACGAGCAGGCAUCCCGUCCAUUGAUACAGGCUCCACCUUCUUACAAAAGGAAAAGGCCUUUGAAGGGAAAGCCGGUAAAUAAUGGAAUGGAAAAUGUUGAUGAAGAGUUGGGCAAACUGAAGCAUGCCAAAACGUUCAUUGCAGAUGAUGUCACAGAAGAACGAACAAGCGCCUUGGAAGAUAAUGAAAUGCAUAUAUUGAUCGAUGAAUUGGACAGCCAGAAAGAGGCUGUAGAUGAUCUGGAACAAAAUGCAGGUGAAAAUGGUCAUUCUCAUUCUACUAUACACAACUAUGCACGCCAGAAAAGAUUUUCAUGGACAGAAAACAAAGAUCGACAGUUGGUGAUUGAGUAUGUAAGAAACCGAGCUGCUCUUGGAGCAAAAUUUCAUGGUACAGAUUGGGCCUCACUUCAAAGCCUACCAGCAUCUCCUCAUACAUGCAAAAGAAGAAUGUCGACGCUGAACAGCAACAAGAAGUUCAGAAAAGCCGUAAAAACAUUCUGUAACAUGCUUAGUUCAAGAUAUGCAAAGCAUCUUGAAAAUUCCAACAACAAACCACUUGAUGAUCAUACAAAUGAUUCGAAUUUUGAAGAGCGAUGGGAUGAUUUCGACAAUGAAGAUAUAAAAAUGGUUCUUGAUGGGGUACUUCGCUACAAGCAGACUGCUAAGUCUGAGGCCGACAAAGGCUAUGGCAUGCUUAUGAAUGGAGGAAACGGUUUUCGUACACAAACAUACAUAACAUUAGCAGUUUCAAAUGCAAUCGAGUUAUUAAAGAUUGUAUGUCUGAGCCCAAAAGCUCGAAACUUACUGCCUAAAACCGCUCAAGACUUGCUGGCUGAAACAACCCGCCUAUAUUCAGAACACGAUAUGCACACUGCCGUUAACUAUCUCAGAGAAAGAAACUUCAUGGUGAAGGGUGGUCGGAUUAGUGACGUAUUUACAUGUAAUAGGUCGUCUUCUCCGUUUCCUCUUAAUACCGGAGAAAGAGCUGAUGAGAUUGGUAAGUGGCUUGAUGAGCGAGAAAAUGAUUUAUUAGACAAGGGUGUAGAUCUAUAUGCUGAUGUGCAUUGUGGAGAUGUCCUCCAGCUGUGUCUGUUAAUGUGUGUGGGAGAAGUAUCGAUGUUCCCUUGCCUACCCGAUGAAGGUGUUGGAGAGAUUGGGGACUCGAAGAAACGUAAUCGUGAUGACAAUGAUUUUGAUAAAGUUAAGAAGCCAAAAUUAUUGGACAGUGAAAUAUUUUCUCGUAAAGAAAAAGGUUUCCCUGGUAUAAAAGUAUCCUUAAGUCGUAGCAUGAUAUCAAGAGUUGAUGCAGUUGCGUCAUUUCCUGCCCCUCCUGCUCCUGCUCCAGGUCCGGAUCCUGGUUCAGGAUCUGGUUCGAAUUUGGAACACAAGUCUUCAUCAGUAAUGACUUUAAACGGUAAGUCAAUAUGGGAAGAUAUGGCUUGCUAUGCAAAACACCUGACAUCUUUAGAAGUAUCUCCUUUUCUGUUUCAAACUGUUUAUUCAGCCAUCCUAAAGGCUCGUGACCAAGGCUUAAGCAUGGAAGAAAUCUCCAAUAUGAUUGAUGAUGUGCAGCAGGGGGAAAAGAUAGAAGAACUCAUUGUUGAGGUGCUCGAGGCAUUCGGGUGUGCUUUGAAGGUUAAUGGUUAUGAUUCUAUCUAUGUUGUUGAUUCCAAAUAUCAAUCAAAGUACUUCCUUUUGGCCACGUCUCACCAACAUCUUGAUAGAAUGGAUAGAGCUUGUUAUAAGCCAAUAUUGCCAUGGGUAGAUGUAGAUGGUACCAUCAAUGAGAAUGUUUACAAGGGACUUGUACGCCGUCUUCUUGGUGUCGUGAUGCAAAAUCCGGGGAUUAUGGAGGAGCACAUCAUAGGCCAAAUGGAUGUACUGAAUCCUCAGAGCUGUAGAAAAUUGUUGGAGGAGAUGAUUCUAGAUGGUCAUAUCAUGGUGAGGAAGAUGUACGAGUCCAUAUCCAACAGCCCCCCGCCCAUCCUUGUUGGUUUUAAGAAACCGAAGAUGGUUACGGUUUGCAGACAGCAUUUCUUUGCAAACCCCAGGAGUAUAAGUUUUUUGUAGUUAGUUGCUUCCUUAACUGUAUAUUUGUUUAUUUAGCCAUGCGGAAAACAGAAACUUAAAUUUAAGCAGUCAAAUAACUUAUCACUUAGAGUAGAUUACGUAUUCGCUUCCGCCUUACUGUCGUAUGCGGGUUUUUAUGGAUUUGGUUUCUAAACUUCAUU